AUGAGUUUCAUCAUAAUAAUUUUGCUCAUUUUCUCUUCACUUUGUUCUUCUUCUUAUGCUGUCCCUCUUUCCACAAGAUCAAGAUGGAUCGUAGACCAUGAAACUGGAAAAAGAGUAAAACUUGCUUGCGCAAAUUGGGAAGGCCAUGUUCAAAUGUUGCCUGAAGGGCUCAACAAACAGCCCUUAUAUCACAUUGCUAGGGAGAUUUCUUUGAUGGGUUUCAAUUGUGUUCGUCUAACCUAUGCAACCUACAUGUUUACCCAUCACGCUGACGUCACCGUCGCGAAAAACCUCGAGAAUAACAACUUGACUAGUGCCCUUCAAGGGGUGAAGAAACACAACCCUCACCUCUUGAGCCUUAGUCUUGUGGAUGCCCAAAAGGCUGUCGUUGAUGCCCUUGGUUCCCAUGGUGUUAUGGUUCUUCUUGAUUGUCAAGUUAGCAAGCCAAUGUGGUGUUGCAAUGAUGAUGAUGGGAAUGGUUUCUUUGGAGAUCAAUAUUUUGACCCCCAAGAUUGGUUGAAUGCUUUGGCAAUAGUGGCUAAAAGAUACAAACACACACCAAUGGUGAUGGGAAUGAGUUUAAGGAAUGAAUUGCGCGGUCCACGCCAAGACCAAAAUGUUUGGUAUAAGUAUGUAAAGGAAGGGACAAAAUUAAUUCACAGGGAAAAUCCAAAUGUUUUAAUCGUGAUUUCAGGCUUGGAUUACGACAUUGAUUUCAGUUUCCUCAAGAACAAUCCCUUAAACCUAAACCUCCACAAAAAAUUGGUGUACGAGACACACAGAUAUGCUUUCUCUGAAGGGCAAUAUGGGUUAUGGUCCAAUACAUCUAUUAACUAUAUGUGCCAAAAUGUAAUCCAAGAGAUUGAGGCCAAAUCAGGCUUUUUGUUUAAGGGAAAACAUGCUGCCCCAUUGAUUGUUACUGAAUUUGGAAUUGAUCUGAAUCAGAAUACCCAAACUGACAGCAGUUUCUUGACCUGUUUGCUGGCUUGGAUGGCUGAAAAUGAUCUUGAUUGGGCCAUUUGGGCUGGGCAUGGAAGCUAUUACCUCAGAGAUGGCAAUCAGGACCCUGAGGAAUCUUAUGGGAUGUUUGAUGGGACUUGGACAAAGCUUAGGAAUGAAGAUUUUCAUACCAAGAUUCAACUCAUCCAGCAAAUCCUUCAAGUUCCAUUUUCAAGGCAUCCAAUGCAUAGACUGCUGUAUCAUCCAUUGAGUGGGAGCUGCGGUGUGGCGCAAGGGAAUCAAGUCCUAGCAGGUGACUGCUGGAAAACAAGCAUAUGGAGUUUCAGAGGAGAGGGAAGUCCAAUUAGAUUGAAGGGAAGCCACCGAUGCUUGACGGCCGUCGGAGACGGAUUGCCGGUGGUUCUCACCGAUUAUUGCUCCGGUGAAUCGAGUAGGUGGAAAUUAGCCCGGAAUUCCAUGUAUCAGCUAGCCAAUAAGGAUGACAAUGGGAAUGAAUUGUGCUUGGAUUUUGAUCCCAACAUUUCCAAAAAGGUUUUGACAAGGAAAUGCAUUGUUGCUGGAGAAGAUGAUGCUGUUAAGCUUCAAGGCCAAGAGAACCAAUGGUUUGUUCUUGUCAAGUCUAAUGCAAAAUGA